CACUGUCCUACCGGGCUGGUUCCCGCCCCGCGUGGUGACCGACAACGAAGCUGCCCAAUGGAAGAGGAGCACAAAAAUAAAAGGACAGCUCAGCCAUCCACUCGGAAACGGAAGAAGGAGGGCCCAAUUUCCUCUGUCACCCUAGCCCCGAGCUGAGCUGCAAGGCUCACCAGCAGCUGGAGCCCUGGAUGGAAGGUGUCCUGGAGCAUGGAAGGUGUCCUGGAGCAUGGAAGGUGUCCUGGAGCACGACAGCACUGGCAGUUGGAUGUAUCUCCAUUCACAAGCAGUUCUUGGGUUCAGUCCAUGUCUGCUGUGGUAAACUGGGGCUCCUGACGUGCCACAGAUAAGGAACUGUCCCUUGCCAACGCCUCCUGGGCUUUUUAUCUCCCUUUGGGUUUUUAUUCCUGCCACCCCCCCCAAAACCUCCUUUGCUAUUGGUUUGAGGUUACUGGAACAUUUUUAUAGGAAAAAGAACACAUUGAUGUGUUUGUGCCUGAUGUAGUCGAGUGCACGAUGUCUUCCAGCUACCUCAACUUCCGACACAGCGUUCCCUGGCUCAUCCUCCUGCUGGAAGUUCUUUUCCUCACCCGCUCUUACUUUCUCGUCUUAGAACAUGAUGGUCUGUACUGGCUGUACAGCUCCUACCCAGACUUUCAAGAUGUCAACCACAUGGUGAUUUUUGGAUUUGGCUUUUUCCUGAUGGUUCUGAGAAGAUAUGGGUUUAGCAGCACUGGAUUCAACCUCCUGAUCAUUGUACUUGGUGUCCAAUGCUCUGUGUUGGUAGAAGAUUUAUUAGUUUCCUUUUCUCUAGAGGAAAAGGAAGGUAUUCUGAAAAGUAUAGCAAAGGCUUUUAUAAGUAUGACAGCUGUGAUUAUCUCCACUGGAGCUGUUCUUGGGAAGACUAAUCUUGUGCAGUUAAUUGUGAUGACACUUGUGGAAUUAACAGUUUUCUACGUGAGCAGAUGGAUCAACAGGAGAUACCUGAAGGUUGGAGAUCAUCUCAGCCUGAUGCAUGUGCACCUGUUUGGAGCCUACUUUGGGCUGGCAGUCACCUCCUGUUUCCCUGAGCCCUCCCCAAGGCUGGACAAGAACAGGAGCACCCCAAAGUCAGACUUGUUCUCCAUGUUGGGCUGUGUCUUUCUCUGGGUGUUCUGGCCAAGCUUCAAUUCUCUGCUCAUCCAGUCCAGGAUGAAAGCCCUCCUCAACACCUACCUCGCCCUUGCAGUGAGUGCUGUAACUGCCUUCCUGUUGUCUGCUCUGACCUCAAAGGAUGGGAAAUUCAGAAUGACUCACAUCCACAGUGCAGCACUGGCUGGUGGGGUCACCCUUAGUUUUACAGCAGAGACCAUCAGUCAUCCUUGGAUUGCCAUGAUUUUGGGUCUGCUUGGCAGUGCCAUCACCAUAUUAGGAUCUCACUGUUUACAGAGAUGCUUUAAUCCUCCUCUCAAAAUUCAUGAUACUUCUGGAGUUCAUUUCACCUUUGGCUUGCCUGCUGUGCUUGGAGGUCUUGCCCAAGUUGUUCUCUUAGUCAUAAGAGAAUGGACUAAUUCAUCGAGUCUGGGUUAUUUGGUCCUUCUUCACGUUGGUGCCCUCUGCCAGACCAUCAGCCUUGCCUUGAUAACAGGUUUUAUCACAGGUUUUAUCUUGAACACCAGACUGCUUAAGAUCAUCCCUGUAUCAAAGUACUUCGAAGACCAGUUUUACUGGGAGUUUCCCCAUUUGGCUGUUGAAUUUUGAGUGGAAGAUCCCAGCUGACCAAGAUAAGAUUUUUCCUCUUUGUCACUAGAGAAAAUGAGUAGCUAUGAUGGGUUGAAAGAGCACUGAAAUACCAGUUCCCAGGCCCACAAAAGCCAUCCCCAUGGAAACACAAAAAAUUAGUAUUAAACUAGUUAUUCUCCAAAGAUACUGAGUGUAAAUUCACAGAUGCAAACUUGCAUUUAGCUUUUCUGCUUUGUUGGUCUUACCUUAAAUAAGAUAUGUACAAAAAGGUUGACUGCAUUCAUGGCUGUAAUGGCUUAUCAAUCCAAAUGCUUGGAAACUUUAAACUAUUUUUAGCUCCCAAUUUUAAAAGCCAAAAUUAUGUAUUUCAAAGUGUAAUUUUUCAAGGAGCACUUUUUAUCUAGAAAAGUACUCAACUACAUGUUUUUAAGCUAAAUUGAUUCUGUUGAAGGCCUUGUUAAGGAAGGAUUUGAUGGGUGAGCUGGAUCUGGGCCAAACUCUGCAUCCUGCCAGACUGAACUCCUUGAGUUCUCUGACUGCUUAAAGACAAAUCUGUCAUUACUUGGCUCGGGCUAUUUGGAAGUUCAGAUGGCAAGAGGUUCAAUUGUUCUUCCUGUGCAUGGUGCCCCUGAAAUCAAUUUGGUAUUUGCUGCCAAAUCUAAAAUAAGAGCAGAGCUCAGGUCAGUGUCUGGGUAGGGACAGCCUGUACCACCACAGGGUCAGCUGCCACCUGAGGGGACUGAGGGAAUAAUCCUCAGAGCUGCCUGAAACCAAUGCCAAGACCCAAUUUUGGAAGUGGCUUAUUCCAAGACAGGCAGGGGACUCUGGGGCCUAAUCACACAGAGGAUUCUCUGCAAGUGUACCCUUGUUUGUAAGUGGAUUGUGAUCCUCGGCAUUUGUUCUUUGUCUCAAAAAUAGCUGACACAGAAAAAAACUCUUUCCAAAAUGCUUACCUAAUAAAGAAGUGAAAAUGUGAUUGUUUUUUUUUAUUCAGCACACUUGUUAAAAAUGAAUGAGGAAACCCAUGACAUUGAGGACCAGGCUGUUCUUUGAUGCUCACUGACCUCAUUCAUUCUUUAGGUGUUGAGCAAAGCAGGUCACUACAGUUACAGAAAUGAAACAGGUUCCAAGUAAUGAAAAAAUUGCUUGCAGAGGAAGGGCCAGUUUUCUUUGUUUCUAGGUCACAAAGGAGCCAGUGAUCUGCUGAGUUAAUGAGCUGCUUCCA